CAUUCAUUCUAAAAGCAUAAUGUAAAAAAAAUAAGUUUUUGUUCUCUCUCCCCUCCUUCAUCAUAAAUCUAGGGUUUCUAAGAAGUUCCCAGCAAUCUGUCACUCCUCUUCCCAAAAUCUCUCUCUUUUUUGCUUUCUCUCUCUUUAUCCACUCACACAUACACAGUUACAAAGAGGGCUUAAUAAGAAGGAAAAGAUGGUGAGGGGAAAGACGGAGAUGAAGAGGAUAGAGAACGCAACGAGCAGGCAAGUGACUUUCUCCAAGAGAAGAAAUGGUCUUUUGAAGAAAGCUUUCGAAUUAUCUGUCCUUUGUGAUGCUGAAGUUGCUUUGAUCAUCCUCUCUCCAAGAUCCAAAAUCUAUGAGUUCUCUAGCUCAAGUAUAGCAAAUACAAUAGAACGAUAUCAGAGACGAGUAAAAGAAAUUGGGAUUAACAAUAAGAGAGAUGAUGAUUCUCAGCAAGCAAGAAGCGAAACAUCUGGCUUGACAAAAAAGAUUGAGCAGCUAGAGAUAUCUAAACGAAAACUGGUUGGAGAAGGUAUUGAUGUAUGUUCUAUUGAGGAGCUGCAACAGUUAGAGAAUCAGUUGGAGCGAGGCUUGACCAGGAUAAGAGCCAAGAAGUACCAAUUACUCCGUGGAGAAAUUGAAAAGCUGAAGGAAGAGGGGAGGAAUCUUAUUAAGGAAAAUAAAGAACUGAAGCAGAAGUGGCGUGGAAUGGGAGCAAUAGUAGCAUCAUCAUCAUCAACCUUAUCAUCAUCAGAAGUGAACAUAGAUGACAAUGACACUACCAUGGAAGUGGAGACUGGUUUAUUCAUUGGACCUCCUGAGACAAGACAAUCCAAAAAAAUCCCUCCUCAAAACUAAUUUCACAACUUCAAAAAAUAUGUUUACUACUAAUGUAUGAACUUUUUUUUGCCUUUUCGUCCAUGAAUCUGAGAUAUCAAUAAUCUUUGAAUCUCGUGUGUUUAACUUGUUCUUAGUCAAGGAUUUAAACUUACAAAUUUACCUGUAAAAUA